CACACUGGCGCAGAGAGGUAAACACAACACAACGCAAUAUUUCGUCGGAAUUUCUCCUGGUUCUUGCCAGUACUGCCGCGCAAUAAACCUGCCCAAUUAGUGCCAAAAUGGGCACGCAUAAUGCUCGGAUCAAAUGAAAUCAAGUGCGAAGCGAUAGUCGGGCAAUUUGAGCGGGAAACGGUAACUGCGUGUCAAGUGCAAAAUAUGUAAACCGGAGGGUGGCGGGUUGACGAGAAAAAAACAAACACAAAACCCGAAACCAAAAACCAAAAAGCAGCAACAACAAAAGCCAGUGAGAGAAAGGUGCGAGAAAUUCACCUGCCCCCGUGAGCCGAUUAAUUGAUGACGUGGACGCGGACGAAGGACGCAGGGCCAGGAUAUAUACAUAUUUCUGCAGUGCACAUGCAUGCUGCACACACGCACACACUCACACACAUGCAGAAAACCAGUUGUUAUUGUUGUUGCUGCAAAUGAGAAGUGCAAGUGAAGCAGCAACAGAAAUCCUGCUCUUAAAAGUACAAAGCGAGGAAAAGGAGAAAAUAAAUAAGCGGAAAAGGGCCAAGAAGGUGCGACAACGACAAAAGUUGUUUGUCAACUUGUUGCCAAUGUUGCAGCCACAAAGUGGCUGGCUGUACAAACAGCAACAGCAGCAGCAGCAACAGCAACAAAAACCCAGCAUUUUGCAUCGGGCAAAUCCAGGCGAAAGUCCCAGGCCGUCAGCAGGAUACUAAGGAGCUUAAGAACAGAGCAGGUGGAAAAAGGCCCGGAUUUCCUGCCAUUUGGCUCACAUGCAGAAACUUCUGUAAAAACACCAUUUGCGGUCUAGAAACAGGUGGAAAACUAACGAAGCUACUUGGUUAAUAUCACAACCCUCUAAGAUUUCUUCAUAUGUAAGGUACACAUGUUUCCGCAUUCCGCAUAGUGAGGAAGAAGAGUAUAAAAAGGACACAAUCGGACAUUUCAGUAAAGGACUUGGGCAUUAAAACAGGCUAAUCACGGAAUUUAAACGAAUACAAUUCAUUUAAAAGGACAAAGCAAUCAGAUUCUGCAUUGCCUUCGAAGGACUUGAAGUCCUUUAAAUUAUUUUGGCGAUUAAAUACCCUCUCCCGGAACCAUGUCCACUAUUACUCGAAGCGCCAGUGCGAGUCCCAUGGCGCUCAAUGGCGUGAUCGAUGCCAGCCUGUUCCCUCUGAAGUCCACGGCCGAUGUGGUAAAUCUGUUCCGUCGCGCUUUAACCUCCGGAAUCGAGCCCGAUCUCACCCUGCUCUCCAUUGUGGUCGGCUACAUCGAGCUGUCUUUGACGACUGGAGAGGCCGCUGCUCAGGCCGCGCAAGCAGCUGCUGCCGCUGCCGCAGCAGGGGACAUUAGUCAAGCGGCGACAGGCGGAACUGACGUUAUCAUGGGCAACAGCGUUCCCUUUCCGGUAGUUACCCAUGAGCUGAUCGCCGGGCUGUACAAGAAGUUUCAGACGAUCCUGUCGGUGGUGGAGAAGCCGAAGCCCCACCGCCAGGCCACCCGCGAGGUGAUCAAGAAGGUAUCCGACGUGAUCUGGAACUCGCUGAUCCGCAGUAGCUACAAGGACCGGGCUCACCUGCAGAACCUCUACAGCUAUCUGUCCGGGAACAAGUUGGACUGCUUCGGAGUCGCUCUGGCAGUGGUGGCGGGAUGCCAGUUGCUCGGCUACAAGGACGUACGACUGGCCAUCUCAGAGGAUCAUGCCUGGGUGGUGUUUGGCCAGAAGCGUGUGGAGACCAUCGAGGUGACAUGGCACGGCAAGGGCAGCGAAGAUAAGCGGGGACAGGAUAUCCGCCCUGGGAUUGAAUCCGGGUCGUGGCUCUACUUGGGUGGCCUGGCGGUGAUUUGCGAGCGUGGAAUGGAAGUGGCGGCCAUCUGUGCCGCUCUCAACAUCUCGCUGACCUCGAACAGUGACUGCGUGGAGGUGGCAGAGCUGCAGCAGCAGCUGCUUUGGUUGCUCUACGACUUGGGACACCUCAAACGCUAUCCGAUGGCCAUGGGCACUCUUGGCGAGCUGGAGGAGAUCCAUCGGACACAUCCGAGCAUCAGUUGCGAACAGCUGUAUCGGGAGGCCAUAGAGUCGGCGAGAGUCCACUACCGGAAUCACCAUGUAUAUCCGUAUACCUACCAGGGAAACUACUACAAUCGAUUGCUCAAGUACCGGGACGCUUUUGCCGCGUGGGCAAAUGCAGCGGAUGUAAUCCGUUUGUACACGUACCAGUGCCGGGAUGACGAGGAGAUCUAUAAAGAGCUUUUGGACAUUGCGAACGAGCUAAUACCCUAUGUGAUGAAAACCGAAAGUUCGGGUCAUUCGGCGAGAAGUAUUUUACGAGACUCCGAGGUAUUUGCAAAUCUACUGCGGUUCUACGACGGCAUCUGCCAAUGGGAAGAGGAUAGCCUAACGCCCAUUCUGCAUAUUGGUUGGGCCAAACCGCUGGUAAACAAUAUUACCAAGUUUGACUACGACAUCAGAUCCCAGGUGGUCAUUAAAUUGCCCGAGGAUCUGGAGGCGGAGCAAGCGAAGGCGGAACAAGCGAGGGCGGAACAAGCGAAGGCGGAACAGGAGGCUAGGGAGGCUAGGGAGUCUAAUGAAGCUACGGGAUCAGAUGCUUUGGAGGGAAAUAACAAUACGAUGGUUAAAAAGGAAGAGAAAACAAAAAAUUCCGAGCUGCCGACCACUUUGGCCGACUUAACAGCUGCCUGCGGCGAAAAGAUUCUCAAUCCGGACUUCCUGCUUCAAGGCGGAGGUCAACCCUUCGCCGACCAGAAGCAACAACCGUCUGUCGGGGAAUCCGGUGUGAAAGAGUUUCACAAUAAUAACAACAAUAGCAACAGCAGUAACCACAACCAUAAUUCCGAUAAGAUGGAGGCUCCAGGCACCACAGCAAGGGCAAGCAACGGCAGUGGAACCUCUGCCCAAUUGCCCGUUUCUAUUGAGGCCAGCCAUACUGACCAAGCACAAUCCCUGAAUCAAACACAUGUCCAGCAGGGAAAACCACAGCACAAAGAAGCUAAGAAGGAGGAUGCAAGUGACGAUUACGAUCCCUUCGAGAUAAUGCUGAAAAGGCCAGUAAUCACGUUGUACAGCCAGAAGAUGAAGGGUCUGAAGGAUCUUUUACUGGCCGAAAAGCUCAACACACAUGCGAUUUCUCUCCAAGUCACCGCCCAGUCGGUGGCCUCCCGAAAGAUUCGAGGGGUGGAGAAACAAUCGGCAACCAUUUCGGCCACCAUCACAGCAAUUUCGUCGAGUUCUGGAGACGGGGUUCUAGGUGGAGUCAGUGGUGGAGGAGGCAGUGGCUCAGGAGGCACCGGUGGAGCAUCCAUGGCAGUAUCGUCACCAGGAGGAGAUUCAAUUGCCGCCUCACGUCCAAAGAGAACUCGUCGCGAGUAAUUCUCGUUGUUGUGUAUUACGUAUUAUUAUUAAUCAUGUGUGCAAAUGGAGGUGGUUCGAUUUUUUUUUUUGGUCAGUCAUAGAAACAUAUGUAAUUUGUGGGCAGUUUUUAUUUGAAAAAAGUGUUUUUGAGAACAAUGAAGUCAAAAUUAACUUCAGAGCUUAAAUAUUUUGUAGGGAUCCUUACAUUUCAUAAAUUUAAACCAAAAAUACCACAUAGUUGAGACCUAUGUAUCCAAGAAUGAAGUUUCAUUGGAUUACAGAUUACUUUUGGUCUUUUUUCAACCAAAGGAAAUCGAGCCACCCCUGUAGCCGUGCAUAUAAAUAUAUAUGCUAUCAUAUUUUUGAUGUUCGAUGUGUAUUUAUGUAGUUCGUAAGCGCGAGACGAAACAAAAAAAAGCCGUUAGAGAACGCCUAGCGUUUUAAAAAUAAAUAUAAACAGUGAAACACACAGACAUGUCCCAACAAACAAACAGGCACUCAAAACGCUAAGCUAUGCUAGAUAUUUGUAACAUAUUUUUAGCUGUUAUACUUUUUCUCGAUGUAUUUAUUGUUAGAACUACGUAUUUCCCCUCCAGCAUGUUUGAACUUUUUUUUAUUAUUAUUAUUUAACCGUAACUUAAUUGGUGCUCUUUUUCAAAGGCAGAAAACUCGGUUCUAUAUUUGAUUUCAAUCACUUUUUAGGCAAACCUUGAAAAGGAAUUUUGAGAGGAAAUCAUAGAUCAUAAAAGUGAUCGAAAUCAAAAAUGGAAACAGAAUUGCUCAUAUAUUUGUAUUUACUUUACAGCAUUUUAUUGAGGCUAAGCUGUUUGAUUUUAUUCUAUUUAAACAUAUAUCCUGUACUAUUUAAGAAUUUACAACUUUGUUACGAACUGUUGACUUGAAACAACUAAACAGUUGACAAACCCGAGUGGAAAACAAAAGAAUACAACUUUUAACACUUCCUCUAUAUGUGAUACAACACUUUUUCUAGAAAAGCUUUCAUAUUAUCUUAUAAAACUAAAUAGAAUUAACCACUCUCCACACACUUUAAACGAGAACUACUUAAAUGGGCUGACAGCAGCAGGACAGGCUCUUGUUUAGGGAAAGUCCAGUCCAAAAUGUAUCCCGAUCCCACGAAUGUCCUUACAACUUGUCACUCCAUUUAGCUACAGCAACUAGGGACAAAAUCGGAGCUUGUAACAAAUUGUUAAAUGAUGAUAAUAAUUGCAUUGAAUUUAAUUUGAUUUGUGCGUAGAGCAUCUGUGAUGAAUGAUAAUGUUUAGAAGAGAGAGGAGAAGAAAAGUGGAGAGCCCGAGACAACACACAAAACUGAUCAACAAUAUUACUUAUCAAUGUAUGGUGUUUUAUUCCUCAUAUAUAACAUUAGCAGACUAAAAGCAAACAAAUGAAAUCAAAACAAACUAUUUAAUUAUGUAGAUUUGCAGACCGCAACAACUUAAUGUUAAAUGUUGAACUACAGUUAUAUUUAAAUGUAAACUAGAUACUGAGACUAACAGAACAAAAAAGGAGUAUAUAUUUUGGCAUACAAAAUUUUUAACAUUAAGUGAACGAAUGCAAGAAUUCGAAUUGCGAAAUAUUUUUUAUUUUCAUUACACUUCGGACAGCACGAAAUCCAACCCAAGAUAAUAGACAUAAACCGAAAGUUCGCUAUGCAAUAAAUUAAAACACAGCAACAGAAACAAUAUACAAACCUAUAAGAAUAUAAUAUAUAUAUUUAUUAAUGUUGAAGUAACGUACAUUUUUGCUCUACUUGUUUAAAAUAGCCAACCAGCAGCAACAGUUAAAUUAAAUGUAGCUAUAAAUCCCAAUGCUCAAUAAUCCUUUUAGCUUGAAAGUCAAAUAGCCAACCGUAAAAAUGUUAAACAAAUCAUUAAAGGCAAAUAAAAAAUGAA